AGAAAACUCAAACUGUGCAUGACGUCUUCCCUUACGUUUGGGAGAUCAAACCCUCCUUGUUUUUCUGAAAAAAGUGGAGAGCAUUUUUGGCUUUACAUGCACAAAACCAAGUAAAAUCAAAGACCUUGUUACACUUGUUACACAACAAUCAGACAUCAAAUCUAACACGGCGACGCCACGCCAUUAAUCCAAAUUCGAUGCUCCAUGUUCUCCUUUAAGCUUGGUGUUACAUUGGUAAUUGGUAUAUAUUGGUGGUUUUGGCGCUGCGAACCCACUUCACAGUAUCAUAGAGAUUAGUCCAACUUUGUCCUUCGAGUUGAAAAAUAGGAGAUGGGUUGGAGAGGAAUUCUGGGUUUUGAGUAUGGAAUAGUUCAGGCACCAUUAGGACCUGAUAUUUCUUCUCCGGAGCUUGUUGCUGCUGUUUCUAAUGCUGGUGGACUUGGUUUCCUCAGAGCCCCUGAUUGGGAGUCACCAGAUAUAGUAAGGGAACUUAUAAGGAAGACUCGAAGCUUAACAGACAAACCAUUUGGGGUCGGUGUUGUUCUGGCAUUUCCCCAUGAGGAAAACAUAAAGGCCAUAUUGGAUGAAAAGGUAGCAUUCUUGCAGGUUUCUUGGGGAGAAAUAUCUGAGGAUCUUGUUGUUGAAGCUCAUAAGGCUGGGGUGAAAGUUGUUCCUCAAGUUGGGAGUUUUGAAGAAGCAAAAAAAGCAGUAAACGUGGGUGUGGAUGCAAUUAUCGUCCAAGGACGUGAGGCUGGAGGGCAUGUGAUUGGACAGGAUUCUCUGUUUCCAUUGUUGCCAAGGAUAGUUGAUCUUGUUGGAGAUCAAGAUAUACCUGUUAUUGCAUCUGGGGGUAUUGUCGAUGCACGUGGUUAUGUUGCUGCUUUGGCUCUUGGAGCUCAAGGCGUCUGCUUAGGCACUAGGUUCGUUGCAACUGAGGAAAGCUAUGCUCACCCCAUAUACAAGAAGAAAUUGGUUGAAUUUGACAGAACUGGGUAUACUGAUAUAUUUGGCCGUCUAAGGUGGCCUGGUGCACCACAACGUGUCCUGGAAACACAUUUCUUCAAUGAAUGGAAAUAUCUUCCUUCACAUGAGAACGAAGCAAAUCAACCAGUUAUAGGUCGAUCAACAAUAUAUGGCAUGGAAAAAGAAAUUCGUCGUUUCACAGGUACUGUACCAAACAAGACGACAACGGGUGACAUUGAGAGCAUGGCCAUGUAUGCAGGAGAAGGUGUAUGCCUCCUCAAGGAUAUUAUACCUGCAGGUGAAGUGGUAAAGCAGUUGGUAGAAGGGGCACAACUUUUGAUUCAGAAAAAAUUUAGUGAGAUUAAGUAAUGAACUGUGCUUCAGAUCUUGCCACUUUGGUCCUCUGUGUGUUUCAGAAAGUUUGCUGUCAUAUCCAGUUAAACUAUUUAACAAAAAAAAAAAUAAAAAUCCUUCAAUGCCAUAAAGUGUGCACACUAAACUUUAAGCUGUUCUGCACCAUUUGUGCUUGUGCAUGUAUACACAUGUUUGCAUUUUCGCAGAUUCAUUGUGCUGUGGUUUUUGAAUUGUAAAUUCUGUUGAAUAAGUUCAGCAAUAAUAUUAUAAAAUUUCAGAUUCGCACA